ACGGGAUAUAAUAUCAUCCAGGAAAAUGGCCAGCGCAAGUACAGACCCCCGAUGUGGUUGGGCCCACCGCCGCCCAAAGGAUCUGAGAUAUUUAUCGGGAAACUGCCCAGGGAUGUGUUCGAAGACGAACUCGUUCCGCUGUGCGAACAGUUCGGCCAGAUCUACGAAUUGCGCUUGAUGAUUGAUUUCUGCGGAAUUAAUCGGGGAUACGCUUUUGUAACGUAUACAAAUAACGAAGAUGCCGCCAAAGCCAUCAAAGGACUCGACGAUUUUGAGAUUAGACCGGAUCGCCAUAUAGGGGUCUGCAAAUCGAUCGACAACUGUCGCUUGUUCAUCGGCGGCAUUCCUAAGGACAAGAGCAGAGAAGAGAUCGAAAAAGAAGUCAACAAGCACACUGAUGGCGUUUCCAAAGUGAUAUUGUACAGUAAUUAUGUGGACAAGAGCAAGAAUCGGGGUUUUGCUUUCGUGGAGUAUGAGAGUCAUAGGGCUGCGGCCAUGGCGAGACGGAAAUUGCUGAACAAUGGCAUCAAAAUGUUCGAUCAUGACAUUGCCGUCGAUUGGGCCCAGCCAGAAGCACAAGUGGAAGACGAGACGAUGAGGAGGGUGACAGUCCUUUAUGUUCGCAACCUGUCGAGCAAUACCAGCGAGGAUAUUCUCCGCAGCAUGUUUUCCAUGGCCGGCAGCCUCAAAGUGGAGCGGGUCAAGAAGUUGAGAGAUUUCGCCUUCAUACACUACUACAGGCGCGACGACGCAGAGAUAGCCCUCAAGCAGUUCGAUGGCAUCACUUAUGAUGGUUGCGUGUGGGAAGUGACUUGGGCCAAGCCGCCAGAAACUCAAAAACAAAGAAUGGAUAAAAACGCAUUUGGAAAUUAUUUAUUCAACAAAUUCAAGUACGAAAAUUUGGAUCCCAACUUCGCCGUGAGAUUUCCAUCGAGUCCUUCGGCUUUAUCGAGGUCAGCGAAAAUGCGUUUCUUAUAA